CUCACAGCGAGCGGCCUUGGCCCUCUUCCCGUUGCCUCAUCCAUCCCUAUCUGCCCCUCUCUUCCUUUCCACCCAGAUGUCGGCAGAUCUGUGUUCCAUGGCUAACGGUGAGCUGAAGCGUCAGGAGCGAGGCCAGCAGCGACAGCUCUCGCUGAGGGUGCAGGUCACUUGGCAGGUCACUGAUGAGAUGACCAGACGGAGGCAGGGGAGAGAACGCCGAGAAUACACACGGCUCUCAUUGUGCGUGUCUGUUUAUGCAGGUUGCGAAGGGGAUGUCAUUGCGCCUUGAGGCGUUGGCCGUGGCAGAUCAAUUCAUUGAUGGUGAGAAAAAGCUGCCGAGCGGGCAGGAUGGUGUGUCAAAGGCUGAACAGGCUCUUGCUGAAUUCUGGAGCAUUAUGACGUAUGCCCGCUUCCUGCACUCGAAUUUUAUGGUUAUAAGGUCCCUUGGACACGCUAUCGGAUGGGUGAUUUUGUUGGCUGCGUGGGAAGCUGCCACGCAGCGCAGGAAGCAGUGUGUGCAGUAGUCAGUGUGAAUGCACAGACCAGUAUAUCAACAGCGAUAAUGUAGUA